AUGACCAUCCGACCGAUGAAGUUCACUCCCGAGGUGCUUCUCGGUGCCCCCAGACGGUCCAGCGCCGUCCCCAACGCCUCCGGCACCCUUGCUGUCUACACGCAGACGUCAUACUCCUUCGAGUCUCACUCCAAGACAAAUGAAAUCCGCGUGCUGGAUAUCGAAACCGGUCGAUCAGCUUUGGUAACAAAUGACACAGGUGCCAGCAACCCACAAUGGUUGGACAACAGCGACCAGUUGAUCUGGUUGAAAACAAAGGCCAAUGGUAACACCAGCUUCAUCAUUGGAGAUGCUCGUGAGGCGGACAGAACUUACACGGCAGGCACUGUUCCUGGGCCUGUGUCAGAUCUUAAGGUUACUGUCGUCGAGCAGGGCAAGAUUGGAUUCGCCGUGGCUGGUAAGGCCAAUACCGAUGGGUCGCUUUUCAACCCGCAUGAUGCCAAGAAGUCUCUCACUUCUGGACGAGUGUAUACCUCACUCUUCGUCAGACAUUGGGACGCCUAUGUGGAACCUCAGAAGAAUUCCAUAUUUUAUGGUCUUCUCCAGCGGGCGCCCCUGUCCCCAGCUAGCAGAUUGGCUGGGAAAUAUUCCAUCUCAGGACUCACCAACCUCAUCUCAGUCUCAGGAUUGAAUGGGGUGGAAUCACCUAUUCCUCCACUCGGAGGUGCCGCUGACUUCGCUAUCAGUCCAUCUGCUAUCGUCUUCAUUGGUAAGGAUCCAGAUGUGAAUCCUGCCACGCACACUUCCUGCUCGUGCUAUUACUGCCCUAUGUUCUCAUGGACGGCCAUUAGCGUGUCACAAUCGAGCAUUUGCAAGGUUGCAGGCCUUCAGGGAGCCAUGUCGUCUCCCGUUCUUUCUUCGGAUGGAAGCUCCAUUGCCAUGUUGGCGAUGCAGGAAGAUGGCUACGAGUCCGACAAGAACAGAAUCCUCUACGUCCCUAACCCUUGGAACGGUGAGAUGAUUGAGGCUUUCCCGUCUAGUGAUGGAAAGGGAGCCUGGAAGCUUAGCCCCUCUGCCGUUUCUUUCGCACACGAUGAUAAGUCUUUGCUUGUUCAGGUUGAAGAGACAGGUCGUGGAGUCCUGUAUCAGCUCCCGCUCGACAACUUCCGUCAAGUCACUGUCAACUCGCUGAAGAAGUUGACGCACACCGGAUAUGUGUCGGAUGUCUACCCCGCAGCUGCCAAGUCAGACAAGUUGUUCGUCUCCAGCAGCAGCUUGGUGGACAACAGUCUGUGGACCAUCAUCGACCCGGCCUCCCCGAGGGACGUGCAGGUUGUGUCAUCAAUCGGUAAAGGUGGAAGUACAUUCGGAUUGUCAUCGUCUCAAGUGGAUGAGAUUUGGUUUGAUGGAGCCGAAGGUGCCAAGGUGCACGCGUUCGUCGUGAAGCCUUCAGACUUCAAGCCCGGUGAAAAGUAUCCGUUGGCAUACCUGCUUCAUGGAGGCCCCCAGGGAGCAUGGAAUGAUCAGUGGAGUACACGCUGGAACCCUGCAGUCUUUGCAGAGCAAGGCUAUGUCGUCAUUACACCCAACCCGCGAGGCAGCACUGGAUAUGGGCAAGUUUUCACCGAUGAGAUUCGCCGUUCCUGGGGUGGACUGCCGUACAUUGACCUCGUGAAAGGAUUUGAAUACAUUGAAAACAACCUCGAAUAUGUUGACACAUCGCGAGCCGUGGCUCUUGGUGCGUCAUACGGUGGUUACAUGGUGAACUGGAUUCAAGGCCACCCUCUUGGUCGCAAGUUCAAGGCACUGGUCACCCAUGACGGUGUGUUCAGCAUGACCGGUCAACUUGCCAGUGAGGAGCAAUACUUCCCUAUUCAUGAUCUCGGAGGCCCAAUCUGGAAGGUUCCUGAAAACUGGGCGCAAUGGGAUCCAUCCCGAUUCACCGAAAAUUGGCAGACACCGCAUUUGAUCAUCCACAAUGAACUCGAUUACCGUCUGACGAUAGGUGAAGGACUUUCUGCGUUCAAUGUUCUCCAGAUUAGAGGGGUUGACAGCGCCUUUUUGACGUUCCCCGACGAGAACCAUUGGGUUUUGAAGCCGGAAAACUCUCUCCUGUGGCAUCGUACUGUUAUCAACUGGAUUAACAAGUAUGUCGGACUCCCAUUGCUUCCAAACCCUGAUUCAGACAAUGAGGAGCAGUUAGAGAGACGCGUUGCAAGCGCGUCCAUUUCUUAA